ACUACUCCCAACUUCCCCUCUUCCAUUAAAACCCCCCAUUUCUAUCACUUUCUCCAAUUACUAUCUAAUCCACCCAUAACCCACAUUUCAAUUGCAUCGGAAGAGCUACUCAUACAAUUUCUGGCUGUACCAUGUCUGGUCUCAACACAAUGUUGAUAUCUCUAACUAUACUUUUCUCACUCAUUUUCUCAACAAGCAAUGCUCAAACAUGUACAAACUAUACAUUUUCUAGUAACAAAAUAUACAGUUCUUGCAAUGAUUUACCAGUAUUAAACGCAUAUCUACACUGGAACUAUAAUUCUACAACGAAAACAAUGGAUAUUGCUUUCCGCCACACCAACAUGACUUCCUCAAAAUGGGUUGCUUGGGGUAUAAACCCAACAUCAAAAGGAAUGAUUGGGACACAAGCUUUAGUUGCAUUUCAAGAUUCUAAUGGAAAUUUAAAAGCUUUUACUUCUUCAGUUACUGGUUAUACUACUCAGUUACAGCAAGGAAAUCUUACUUUUGGCGUUCCAUUGAUUUCAGCUCAACUUGUUAAUAAUGAAAUCACUAUUUUUGCAACUCUGGAGCUUCUUAGUAGUAAUACUUCUACUAUAACUCAGUUAUGGCAAGAAGGUCCUGUUAAAGGUGAUUCUUUGAUGGCUCAUGUUACUUCUGGAGAUAAUAUCAAAUCAGUCGGCACUUUGGAUCUCCUCUCUGGUCAAGCUACUACAACCCUUGGUGGUGGGAAUUCAAGACAAAAACGAAUGAAUGUGCAUGGAGUGCUAAACGCAAUAAGUUGGGGUAUUCUAAUGCCACUUGGAGCCUUAAUAGCAAGAUACUUGAAGGUGGUUGAUUCAGCUGGUCCUGCAUGGUUUUACCUUCACAUGGCAUGCCAACAUGUUGCAUAUGUUGUCGGUGCCACCGGAUGGGUUCUAGGUCUACGACUCGGUUCUGAAUCUGUUGGCAUUCAAUAUUCUUCCCAUAGAUACAUUGGCAUUGUUCUCUUCUCCCUCGGAACACUUCAGGUGUUUGCUUUGCUCCUAAGACCAAGUCCGGAUCACAAGUACAGAUUCUAUUGGAAUAUUUAUCAUCGUAUGACUGGUUAUACCGUAAUUGUACUCAGUGUAAUCAAUGUGUUUAAGGGUCUUGAUAUCUUAGACCCAGAGAAGAAUUGGAAAAUGAUUUAUGUCAUUAUAAUCUCGGUGUUGGGUGUUAUAGCCAUAAACCUUGAAGUCUAUAAAUGGAUUAGAGUGAUGAAGAUGAAGAAGAACGUCAAAUCAGAAAACAUGAAUCAAGCAUACGGUGUGAAUGGAGUCAACGGAUACAGUGGUAAACCACGACAGUCUAGUGCGGAUUUUUAAGAUAGGCGCAUCUGUGUGAAUUUUUCGGACUUGUUUUGCAAUUUUUUUUGUUACUUUUCCAUUCUCAAUGUAGGUUAAAACUUGUUCUUUGUUAGAUUGGUAAAUUUUAAUGCUGGAAUGUUUUUUUGUGUA